AUCCUCCGGCACCACGACCUAUUCCACCGCAUUGCUGUCCACACUCGCCGCCCACAAUGGCCUCUGACCAUGCAUACCACCCCAAGGACACCAUUGGCCGUACCAUCAAGUCGACGGCCUGGCUGGCCGGCGCUGGUACCUUCGUCUCGGCCAUCCAGAACACCUUGACCAAGCAGAACUAUGGACCCAUGGGCAUCUUCAGGCAGACGGGCGGCACCAUCGCGACUUUCACCGCCAUGGGUUUCUCCUAUGAAUUCGUCCGUUGCGCGACCGCGAACCUGCGCCAGAAGGACGACACCUGGAACGAGAUCAUUGGUGGUUUCUUUGGUGGAGCCAUGGUUGGAUUGAGAGUCCGGACUGUGCCCGCGUUCCUCGGAUACGGUGCGGGUCUUGCCACUAUCCUGGGCACGUUUGACUUCUGCGGUCACGCUUUGACCGGCUACACCAGGGACCCCAACGUGGAUGAGUACGAGAGGAAGGAGUACCUGAGGACGAACAGGAGGAGGCCGUUCGAGCAGACCGUUGCCGAGCUGGGCGAAGGCCGCGGCAUCCGUGGCCCUGGCUACGAGGAGAGGAGGCGCCAGCUGCUGAAGGAGAAGUACGGUUACGAGAUCACCGCGCCCUCGGCCCACUGAACAACGAAAGAGUUUCGAGUUCAGUAAGGGGGAGGGGUUGAAUCAAAAUCGUUGCUAUAGCAGCAAUCCGCGGCGGAUUGGUACCGGUGAUUGGAAGCCAUUUAUAUCACCCUCGCAGCUUCAGGCCCAGGUAGCUUGAGAGGGACGUGCCGAUUACAAAUGGCAAACAUGUACAAAUGCAGUUUAUUACGUUG